ACGCACUAAACAUUCCCAUAACUUUUACUGCCCUAGGUUCAGUCAAACAGAACUCAACCAGUCCUGUGGUCAUCCCACACGACCUGGGUUUUACCGUGUGUUAUGGUAAGAAAUGGCAACAUCUUCUACAGAACUAAGUGUACCUUGGAGGCCAGUGACAUGGAGAGAAAGUGCUGAGAUAUACAAUCACUUGCAUUUUUUUACACCAAGUUUGGAAGUCCUCAGAAUUUUGCUGCAUGGACCAACUGGAGCAGGGAAGUCAUGCUUCAUCAAUUCUGUCCAGAGGAUCCUCUUAGGCCGUAAUGCCAUUGGUGCUCUGGAACAAACAGCACGAACUGGAGCAAGCUUUACCCGUAUGAUCAAAACUCACAGACUGAAGAGGUCUGGAGGAGGACGCUAUCCUUUUGUUUUCUGCGACAUCAUGGGCCUUGAGCCAGAAGAUGCAGGAGGAAUACAAACUGAGGACAUCAUCAGUGUUUUGGAGGGACGUAUUUCAGAUGGCUACACUUUUAAUCCUCUGUCACCGAUAACUGCAGACAGCCCAAAGUACAACAGAUACCCACAUCCAUGUCAUAAAGUCCACUGUCUGGUGAGCAUUCUUCCUGCAGACUCCAUCGCAAGAAUGAGUGACAAGGUGAUUGACAAAAUGAAGACAAUUCGACAGAAAGCUGCCCAAAUGGGUAUGCCACAAGUCGUUAUCAUGACGAAAGUGGAUGAAGCUUGUGAGCUGGUCAAUCGAGACCUGAGAAAAGUUUAUCAGAGUAAAAAGAUAAAAGAGAAGGUACAGGAGUGCAGUAACAAACUGGGCAUCCCCUUGAACUGCAUCUACCCUGUGAAGAACUAUCAUGCAGAGAUCACCCAAGAUGCUGAUGUUGAUGUUCUCAUCCUUAUGGCGCUGAGGGACAUUCUCAACUUCGCCAAUGACUAUGUGGAAGAUCUGUAUGAGUAGAGUUCCCUUUUCUGGCUUACUCAUAACUUAGAACACAAAGAGCCAUAAAACAGUGUAACUGUGAUGUUAAUAGCAAACAGUGAGAUGGUAGCAUGUUUGCUCAUUCAUAAACAAGGAUUAUCGAUAUGUUUUACUGCUUGUCCAGUGUGAGAUGUGGCAGAUUUUUUAUUUUUUUUACAUGUGUCAGUAGCGAUUCAUAAUAUGACACAAUCACACAAAAAAUAAUGCCUAAACUGCUCUGGUAAUCUUUCGAAGUAAAAGAUACUUUUAAUGUAAGUCAAUGGAAACAGACUUUUUUCCAAAUAAUU